AUGUGCAGAGGUUUAAAGACUUACCUACAAGCUGUUGAUUAUAAAAAAUGGGCACGAGCACAUUGCGAAAAUAACAGGCACAAAGUCAUGACAACUAAUAUUGCAGAAUCAAUGAAUUCCAGAAUAAAGGCAGGUAAGGAUCUCCCAAUCACUACACUACUUGAGUACCUACAAAAAAUGGUGCAAGAAUGGAGCUACGCGAAUAUGCAUUUGUCACGAUCAACUUUCACAAACCUAUCAAAAAGAGCAGAAGAUAUCUUGAAUGGAAAUUACAUUCAGUCACUGAAAUUAGUGGUGUCAAAUUCAAAUGACUAUAUGAAGACAGCCUAUAAUCAUACAACAAAGUUCAUUGUUGACCUCAAAGAAAGAACAUGCACAUGUUGGAGAUUCGAUAUUGAUGAAAUUCUUUGCCCAUAUGCAAUGGCAAUACUUAAAGAAUUCAAUCAAGAUCCUUACAAAUUUUUGGCAGAUGAGAGUUUGUGGAAUGUCCCGGAAGAAGUGGCACAAAAGAUUGUUAAUACACCACAAGGAAGAAUAAAGUCGGGAAGGCCUAGGAAGAAAGAAUUAGAUCUGCUUGGGAAACUACAAAUCAUAACAAGUGCAGCAGAUGUCAUAUAUAUGGACACAAUGUGA